UUUUAAAAACGCUCUGUAAAUAUAUUUUUCCUUCGAGGUGCUUCUCUGUAUUUAGGGUUUAACAUUUGAGGAAUUGUUCCUCUAGUCAUGGACGAUUUGGAAAUUGGGGAGGAUGGAAUCAUCGAUUGGGAACAAAUGUUCAGUGAAUUACCGGAGGAUUUGGAAGUCUUAAUCGGUGAUCCUCCCCUCGUUUCCGAUUCGCCUCCCGAUGUUUUAUCGGAUUCUUCUCCAGAUUCGGUUUCUUCCUGGAUCGGUGAGAUCGAGAAUUUGUUGAUGAGAGACGACAACGACGAGGUCGUUGUUGAGCAUAAUCAGGAUUUUGGCGAGGAUUUCUUGGCAGGUUUUGUUCUUGAUCAUCCUGCAGAUGCCGAUGCCGAUGCCGAUGCUGAUGCUGACGCUUCCAGCGAUAAGGAUUCUACUGUUCUUGAUUCUGCUGGCCAAGCUGAUGCAUCCCCUGACAAAAAUUCGAAUGUUUCCGGCGAUGGUAGUCCCGAGCAGGAAAAGAUCAACGGCUAUAACGGAAACGCCCAGAACGACGGGGAGGAUGAAGAUCAGGCCUCUAAGAAACAAAGAAGGCAGUUGAGAAAUCGGGAUGCUGCAGUGAGAUCAAGGGAGAGGAAAAAGACGUAUGUGAGAGAUUUGGAGUUGAAGAGUAGGUAUCUUGAAUCGGAAUGCAGAAGGCUGGGGCAUUUGCUCCAGUGCUGUUUUGCAGAGAAUCAAACUCUACGUCUUCACUUGCAGAAUGAGAAGGCCUUUGGUGCUUCAGUGACCAAGCAGGAGUCUGCUGUGCUCUUGAUGGAAUCCCUGCUGUUGGGUUCCCUGCUUUGGUUCCUGGGCAUCAUGUGUCUAGCUCCGUCUCUUCCCGUACAGUUCCAGUUAAGUCGGGAAGCCGUUCCAAUGGGAAGCGUGGAAGACAAAGGCCAGAAAAGUGUGGCUCCAAGAGGGCCAGGAAGUAAAAUUUUUGAAUUAUGGUUGUUACAGUCUUAUGUCAAGAGUAAGAGAUGCAAAGCUUCAAAAACAAAGAUGAAACCAGGUUCUCUUGCUCAUGGAGUUUUGGUGUGAAACAUUUAUGUUCCCCUAUAUACCCCCAGUUUUCGUUGUUUAUUUUAUCCUGUGGGGUUUAGGGGGUGGUGUAGGCUGAGCUAGUGGACUGAAAAAUGGCUGGUGAGAUGUUUGUAGUCUGUAAAAUGAAUUAACACUGUUCCUCAGUUUUCCAGUUAGAACCCACUUUUUCUGUGAUGUUGCCUGCUUCUUUGUUAACUAAUAAUGCUGGUGUGGCGCCCUUUACUCUAA